UCCAAUCACUCUCAAGCAAUAAAGUCUUCAAAUGGUGGUUGCUGUUCUUUUAUAACCUUCCCAAAUUUCAUUUUUUUUUAACGUUUUUCCCUUAUUUUCUACCGACGAGUUUUCUCUAUCUCUCUCCAUCUUUAAAGACCAGUAGAGUUGGCUGUAGUCCCUGGGCUUUUAUUUUUUGUUGAAUAUGUUGACUCUGAUCUUCUGAGAGAAAAAAAAAAGUGAGAGAGAGAGAGAGAGAGAGAGAGAGAGAGAGGGGUGGGUUUGGCCGUUUUGGGGUUGGGGUGGGGAAGAGAGAGAAAUGGGCGCUUGUGUAUCAACCCCGCAAAGAUGCAUAGGUGGGAGGAAGACACGCAAGAAGAAGAAAGGAGUCAGGAGAAGAGUGCCGUCUAGAUUAUCUGAUGGAUCACUCGAUAAGUUUGAUAAGCCUGCUUCUGUUGCUGCUGCUCCACCUGAUCAUUGCUCGCCCUUCUCUAACCCGACUUUUCAUGCAGGAAGUAUUGAGGAGGCAUGGUUUGACUCAGUUGCAAUAUUUGAGUCAGAUUGUGAUGAAGAUUUCGAAAGUGUUCCGGAUGAUUUGUUUUCUUUAAAUGGUUUUGAAGGCUUACCACUGUCAAGUACUGCAUUUGGCAGAGACACAAAUCAUGGAGACCGUACUGUCAGUAUCCAACAUACCUCUUCAAGUGAUCAGAUGAAGAAGACAGGGGAUUUGUCAGCAGGAAACUCUGCUAGAAACUCUGCGAGUGAGGCUUUUAAACAUCCCAAUGGUCAACUCUUCAACUCAGACUCUGCAGAUUCCAUAUCAAAAUCUGAGGGACCUUCACAACCUGUGUUCCUUGAUGAAAUUGCGUCCUCUGUGGAUGAAAAUGCCAAUAAGGGGGAAGGGUUAUUAGAUAAUUGUGGAAUUCUUCCAGGCAACUGUUUGCCUUGUCUUGCUUCAACUGUUGCACCAGUUGAAAAGAGAAGAUCACUAUGCUCUAGUCCACCAAGUGCAAGGAAAAAGGCUGCCUUAAAACUCUCAUUCAAAUGGAAGGAAGGGCACCCCAACAACACUCUAUUUUCUUCAAAGCCAAUUCUGCACAGACCAAUAGCUGGUUCCCAAGUACCAUUUUGCCCAAUAGAAAAGAAAAUGCUUGAUUGUUGGUCACAUAUAGAGCCAUGCAGUUUCAAAGUCCGGGGACAGAAUUAUUUCAGGGACAGAAAAAAGGACUUGGCUCCUAACCAUGCUGCAUAUUAUCCAUUUGGAGUUGAUGUAUUCUUAUCUCCACGAAAAGUUGAUCAUAUUGCCCGGUUUGUGGAACUCCCUGUUAUUAACUCUUCUGGGAAGCUCCCAACUGUACUUGUUGUAAAUGUUCAGAUUCCAUUGUAUGCUGCCGCACUUUUUCAGAGUGAAACAGAUGGAGAGGGAAUGAAUUUUGUUUUGUAUUUUAAGCUUUCUGAGAGUUACUCAAAGGAACUUCCAACCCACUUUCAAGAAAGUAUUAGACGUUUAAUAGAUGAUGAAGUUGAAAAGGUCAAAGGGUUCCCUGUAGAUACAAUUGUACCCUUUCGUGAAAGGUUGAAGAUAUUGGGUCGAGUUGUAAAUGUAGAUGACCUUCACUUAAGUUCUGCGGAGAGGAAGCUUAUGCAGGCUUACAAUGAAAAGCCUGUUCUUUCACGUCCUCAGCAUGAAUUUUACUUAGGAGAAAACUACUUUGAGAUUGAUAUAGACAUGCAUAGAUUCAGUUACAUCUCUAGGAAAGGUUUUGAAGCAUUCUUAGACAGACUAAAGAUUUGUGUCCUGGAUGUCGGUCUCACCAUACAGGGGAACAAAUCUGAAGAGUUGCCCGAGCAGGUCUUAUGUUGUGUGAGGUUAAAUGGUAUCGACUACAUGAAUUAUCACCAACUAGGGUUGAAUUAAGAGCCCUUCGAAGGUUUAGGUGCUUAAAUGAUAGCAAUGGGACUUCGGACACAUUACUAACCUAUCCAAGUUAUAUUGAGCGGUAGGAAUCUCAAGCCUUACAGGGAGUGCGGGGUUUCCCCCAUAAACCUUUAUUUCCAGUUUAAGAGCCCUCUGGGUACCUUUUCCGCCCCAGAAAAUUAUCUGAUAAAUCCGUCUCCAAGAGCUCUCUCAGCUUCAGAAAUCCAACUGGUAUGUUACGUGUGAACUGGCUUUUCUGCAGCUUAAGCCUUUCUAAUGAGCUUACAUUGGUUGAAGCCUCCUAUAAAUUUGAACCAAAUUUAUUGCAGCUCAAAUGCAAAGUCUGCUAUGAUUUCCAUAGGCCUUUUGAUAUUGGCACCCUGCCAAUCAAAAAAUUAUGUGACGAACUGAGAUGCUGCAUCCCAGAUUGAGCUCCUACUCCAAUUUUUUCAAUGUACCCCACGAAGUUUUCUUUUAGAAAGGUCGGUAUAUGUCGAUGAACUACCAGGAGAUGCAUUUCCUUUUUCGAAAACUUAUGGGCCCUGUUACCUUGUCUUGAGUGAAGAUCUAGCACACCCAAAUGCUGCAAGUUUGUAACUGAAUCAGGGAUCCCUGAAACGAAAAAAUUGAUCGACGGAUUUAACGAGUAGAGCUGAGUCAGGCUCCCUAACCAUGCCGGUAAGUUUCCAGUGUGAUGGUUAGCUGACAAGUCCAGUUCAUGUAUUGGACUUGGGAGCUGCCUGCAAGAAUUCAGAGACAUCCAGCAAAAUGUGCUCUAAUGCAGGUGUAAGUUCUUCAAGCUUCUGACAACUUGAAGACACUAUCCACCAAGCCUGUCGCCAUAUAAGUACAGCUUUCGAUGCUUUGGGAGGCGAGAACCAAUUACUGGUGGGAUCAUUCCACCCAGGCCUAUUAGGCCGCCGAGAUCAAUGACUUAAAGAGUGCUGAGAUGUGUUAUAGAGGGAGAUAGCAGUCCUUUCAUUUCAGAUGGGAACACGAAAUCAUCUGUGGAAAUGAAUCCCGAAGACGUAUUUCUGUAACCCUACCAGUUUGAUUAUCGCAGAGAAUACCUUCCCAGUUGCAGCACCUAUGCCCAACCCAUUUCGCUAAUCGGCCAGCAGUAUCAACAUGGAUUCCAGCCUUGAAAGUAGACUCUUGAGGUCACGGGGGUUGCAUACACUACCAGCAUUUUGCUUAGCCUCCCUAACUCUUGUUAUGGCAAGUAAAACAACCCCCAAGAACAGCUGACAUGCCAUUUUGCUGCCUGGAAUGAUCAAUUAGAUUCACUGAUUCGAUUUUUGCUAAAAGGGGAAAUAAAUAUGAGGAUACAGAGUUCAAGAUUUUUAUAACUCGAGAAGAAGAACAGUGAGUCAAAUCUCAGUUUUGCUUUUUUCUUUUGUCUUCCGUUCACACAUUUUGUAGCGCAGAAUGGCAUAAAUGACUCCGAAUAAUGUUGCCCUCGGGUUUAAUCUAAACUAAUGUCAGAUGUCGCUUCCCCCAAUAGUCUCAAAGCGAUUAAACUAAUCGCUAACCCUUUCAUGAAUACGUCAAAAUACAACAACACUAUUAUUCGUUGA